AUGAAGACUUUUCUGGGACUAUGGGGACUCUCCCUCCUUUCCUUUACAUGGACUCAUAUUGACGAUUGGUCAGCAUAUCAACUGCAAUGCACCAACCACUGGUUCUAUCUCAGAAUUAGGGCCACAUUAUUUCCCUAUAUACAUAUGGACCCUGAUGAAGUAUUUCUGGGAGCUGACUGUCCUGUGACCCAAGUUUGGCCAAAUGAUUACUAUGAUUUUACCUAUCGUACUUAUUCCUGUGGAAUCGUCAAUAAAGUUAUUCAUGAUGUUACUCUGCUUCAAACUAAAAUCAAGUAUAUCUCAAAAAACUCGACUUUGAGAGCUGAGAUGCAUCUGUCCUGUGUUCUGCACAGUCGGUACCCUCUCAUAUGUGAAGCUGAAUGUAGAGGGAAUUUCACUGGCAAUCCUCCUGAAUGGACAGUAGACAUGACCACACAGCGCACAAGAUGCAAUGAAGCAGCUCCGUCAGUGCAGCCAAACCUUUCAACAUCAACUGAAGACCACCAGCUCUCCAAGGAGUUCCAGGCCUCCAGAACCAGUUUGGUACUGCUGAGGCAUCUAGCUUCAUGGAUUAUCAGCUACCAGUCCUUUGCCACUCCAGAAUGCAGAUGGUUAUUGUUGGAAUACUUGGGCCCUACUAAUACAGCGAUUACAGACCCUUGUUUGCCAAAUGAUGUGCGAGAGAAGAGACUGAGAUGUACAUCCCUCAGUAGAGAAACAAUUUGGACACUCUGCAGUGAAUGUUUAGUACUGAAGAUUUAA